AUGGCCGCCGUAGAAAUGGCUAUCCAAAGAGCUGUUGACACAGACGAGGUUCUUCGUCAUGCAUUCUCUUUUCUUUCGCUCUGCGGUAACGAUGAUCUUCCACUCGAAACUGUUUUAAAAUUCGUCAAAGCCCAAGGAAAGGACCAUCAAGAGGUUUUAAUGAAGGCAAAGAUUGUAAGGUCUUCCUUAAGUCUUGUUCAUUCCGAAGAUGGGGGUGAACGAACUUAUUUACGUUUGCACAAAGUUGUGCAUGAAGCUUUGAAACGAGGCGAGAUGUUUAACUUGAAAUCAUGGAAGAGGGACCACACCAUGGCAGAAGCGGUAAAGAUUUUCAAGGUUGAACUCGACGAAAAUGACGAGAAUUAUGCGUUUUGUAAAACAUUGAGGCCCCACUGUGAAUCUGUACUUAAGUACAUGACGUCAGAGAUUAGCUUGGAUGAAAGCACUUUUGUAGAACGGUUUACGCCCUUCGUAGAUUUGGAUACAGUUAUUGAUUGGCUAUAUACUCUCGCCAGUGUCUGUGAGAAAAACUCUUAUAUCUUCUUUGCGAAAAAUGUGGUCGACCUAGCAUGCAACCUACUGGGAAACAUAGAGGACACUUCAACAGGUGCGUUAACUCGUAAAGGGAGGGUUUUGAACAUGACUGGCAAAGUGUACAAUAGCCUGGGAGAGUACAAUCAAGCCAAAGAAUUUCACGAAAAAGCACUGAUGAUUCGCAAAAAGGUUUUUUGUGAGGAUCAUGCCGAUGUAGGAGAGAGUUAUAACGACUUAGCAUUAGUUUGCAGCAGCCUGGGAGAAUACAAUCAAGCCAAAGAACUUCACGUAAAAGCACUGACGAUUCGCAAAAAGAUUUUUGGUGAAGAUCAUGCCGAUGUAGCAACAAGUUAUAACGACUUGGCAAUAGUGUACAACAGCCUGGGAGAGAACAGUCAAGCCAAAAAACUUCACGAAAAAGCACUAAUGAUUAACAAAAAGAUUUUUGGUGAAGAUCAUGCAAAUGUAGCAACAAGUUACAACAACUUGGCAUUAGUGUAUACAGGGGCACCCAACGGGAAAUUUUGAGAAAAAGACCUUAAAACAACAACAAAGCGUGAGUAAAGUUUUCUGAGACUAUUUUAAGCAUUUUGGGAGAUUGCUGGAAAAAAAUUAUCUGUUCCUCACUCCCAGCAAGACUGAUGGAAGAGUUCCCAGCCAGCAACCUCACAACCUGCAACCUGACUUAUUGGGAAGUUUCAUAGGGCACAAUUCAGAUCUUGAGUGGUAAGUAACCCAUACAAGUAACCCGUAGCAGCUAUUCUAGACUUCAAACCCCCUCUGACACCCUGAAUUAUCUUUUUCCCAGCAACACUUCCUUCCAAGGACUAUUAUUUCUUUCACAUCUCCCAGCCAGCAAAAAUGUGCCUGAAGAACAGAUAUUUUGAGGAACAGAUCCAUUGGGUGCCCCUGUGUAUAUCCACCUGGGAGAAUACAAACAAGCCAAAGAACUUCACGAAAAGGCACUGAUGAUUUACAAAAAGAUUUUUGGUGACGAUCAUGCCGAUGUAGCAACAAGUUAUAACAACUUGGCAUUAGUUUACAACCACCUAGGAGAAAACAGUCAAGCCAAAGAACUUCAUGAAAAAGCACUGAAGAGUUACAAAAAGAUUUUUGGUGAAGAUCAUGCCAACGUAGCAACAAGUUAUAGCAACUUGGCGUUGAUGUACAAACACCUGGGAGAAUUCAGUCAAGCCAAAGAACUUUACGAAAAAGCACGGAUAAUCAGAAAACAAAUAUUUGGUGAAGAUCAUGUGUAUGUAGAAACAGUUCGUAGUCAGUUGGCAUUAGUAAACAAACACCUUGGAAGCAGUGGAGCACGGCACGCGAAAGCAUAUUGUUUGAUCCUUUAA